AUGGGCUUGGCAGGGCCACUUGAUGCUCUUGACUUUUCGACUUUGGGAUCGCUUCUCCGUCUCAAUCUCUCCUACAAUCAGUUCGAUGGGGUAAUUCCUCCGACCAUCUCCGCUCUCUCCAGGCUCGUAUCUCUUGAUCUCACCAGCAAUCGGUUCACAAGCAAAAUCCCAAUUGGGAUGAGCUCCAUGAAAGAGCUUCAAUUCUUGAGUCUUUGUCGUAAUCAAAUAGUUGGUGCUAUACCUCCAUCUUUUAGCAACCUCACCAGCCUUGUGUCCUUGUCCCUGAAAGAUAACAAGCUUAUGAGUGUCAUUCCUAAGGAGUUAGGGAGGCUCCACAAGUUGAUGUAUCUGGAUAUUGGGGUCAAUAGGUUAUCUGGUUCAAUCCCUUGUAGUUUAGGAAAUUUGACAAAGCUCUACCACUUGGAUCUCUACCAAAAUCAAUUGACUGGAGUCAUUCCUCAAGAAUUGAAAAAUCUAAUUAAUCUCGUUUACUUAUCAAUCUCCAAUAAUAAUCUAACAGGCAGAGUUCUAUCUUCUUUCCGAAACCAAACCAAGCUACAAUCAUUUUUGCUAUCAGAAAAUCAGCUCUCAGGAAAUAUGACCAAAUUAAAGUCCCUCGACCUUAGUGAUAAUCAAUUGUCUGAUUCUAUUCCAUUUGAAAUUGGAAAUCUAGACAUAUGCAAAGGUGGAGCCCUAAAGUACCUCACUCUUUACAUGAACAACUUCCAAGGCCCCAUUCCUACGUCCUUGAAGAAUUGUACCAGAUUAGUGAGGGUCCGUCUUGAACACAACCAACUCAUCGGGGAUGUAUCCCAAUAUCUUGGAGUGUAUCCCCAUCUUUCUUAUAUGGAUUUGAGCUUCAAUCUAUUCUCCGGUACACUCUCACCGGACUGGGCAAAAUGGCACGAUCUAACGCGCUUGAGAAUCUCAAAUAACAACAUCUCCGGAGUCAUACCUACCGAGUUUGGGCAGUUGACGAAACUGGAAGACCUGGACCUCUCUUCCAACUACCUACAAGGAGAGAUCCCAAAGAGCUUCGGCAGCUUAACCCUUCUCUACAAUCUGAGCUUGAGCAACAACCAACUCGUCGGUCAGGUGCCUCUGGAGUUUGGAAUGCUGUCCAAUCUUCGACUGCUUGAUCUCUCAUCCAAUAACUUGGCAGGAAGAAUCCCAGAUCAAUUAGGCAACUGCACGAACCUCGGAUCGUUGAAGCUUAACAACAACAACUUCAGUGGAACCAUUCCUUUGGCCAUUGGUAAUCUGGUGGUCCUUCAAGACACGUUUGACGUCAGCCACAACUCACUAACAGGGGAGAUUCCAUCCCAACUCAGCAAAUUGGUGAUGCUGCAAAUCCUGAAUCUAUCGCAUAAUUCCUUGUCGGGUCAUCUUCCAUCUUCGCUAACGUAUAUGACGAGCUUGUCUACCGUAGAUGUAUCCUACAAUGAACUGGACGGCCCUGUUCCUGAUAGCCCAGCUUUCCGAAGAGCCCCGGCGGAGUGGUUUGCCCAUAAUAAUGAUCUGUGUGGAGUUGUUCGAGGAUUGCCUCCGUGUGUUACACUCGGUACUCCAACAAAAGAUGACCGAAGCAAGCGCCACAAAGUCGUUGUAAUAGCCAUCAUUCCUUCCGUCGUCGUCUUCCUUCUCUUGUUUGUAUUCACUGCAGCUGCUUUUCAAUUGCACAAGAGAAAGAAGCCGGCAGUACCGGUCGAUGAUAAUCACAUCAAAGAAGGUGCAUUCUCUAUAUUGAAUUUUGAUGGAAGAGACGUAUACAAGGACAUCAUCGAAGCCACCGAAGAUUUCGAUGCCAAGUACUAUAUCGGAAGCGGUGCAUACGGCAGUGUCUACAGAGCAGAGUUAGCAAAUGGGGAACUGCUAGCGGUGAAGAAGAUUCAUCUACCAGACACUGAAGGUACAUGCGACGAGCAACCCUUUCAAACUGAGAUACAAACUCUUACUCAAAUUCGACAUCGCAAUAUCGUCAAGCUUUACGGGUUCUGCUCCUCUCCCCGACGCAAAUUUCUGGUGUAUGAGUACAUGGAGAGAGGAAGUCUGGGAUCUGUCCUCCGAAGCGAGACGGCAGCUGAAUUGGACUGGGUGAAGAGGGUGAGCAUCGUGAAGGAUGUCGCCUGUGCUUUAUCCUACAUGCAUCAUUACUGCACACCACCCAUCGUUCAUCGAGAUAUUACCAGCAACAACAUCCUACUUGAUUCCGAAUUCCAGGCUUGUGUUUCCGACUUUGGAAUUGCUCGACUACUGAAGCCGGAUUCAUCAAAUUGGACCAUGCUUGCAGGCACACGGGGUUAUUUAGCACCAGAGCUUGCAUAUACAAUGAGAGUGACCACCCAAUGCGACGUGUACAGUUUCGGGGUGGUGACGCUGGAGUUACUGAUGGGAGAGUAUGGAGAAGUGCUCAUUUCCAUUCUGUUGUCUUCACCGAUCAACGAUAGCUUUGUGAAAGAUGUAUUAGACCGACGUCUACCCGUUCCGGAGGGUCAAGUUGCGGAUGAAGUAGUUGCAAUUUUGAGCUUGGCUCUUCGUAGCGUGGACAACCACCCUGAAUCACGCCCGACAAUGAAACAGGUCUCCGACAAGUUAUGCGUGGUCAGAACACCCCCACCAAGCCUCCGAUCUAUUGAUGCAUUGAGGUUUUCUGACUUGAUGAGCGUGGAGAUAUGA